AUGGUUACCGAGUCAGUUGGCUGGAAUGUUCCCGAGGACGUACUUGUGGCCUACAGCCGCCGUAUGGGCGUUUCACAUAUUCGAUAUUUCGCAGGGCCCUACCAACUGCAGAAGGACGGAUCUUCAGUCAUCAUUCAAAUCGAUGGAGCUUGUCGAGGAAAUGGAACACGAUCUGCCCGAGGCGGUUGGGGCGCUUUCUUUGGCCCCCAAUCAGAGUACAAUAGCUGGGGUCUUGUGCCGCCCAACGCACCGCAGACCAGCACUUAUGCGGAACUCUAUGCCCUGAUAGGAGCGCUGGAUACGACUUGGGGUAUAAAAUCCCGAGGAGAAACAGUGGCGCACUGGAAUUUCUUGCUGGAGAUUAGACAGGGUAUUGAUGAUAUGAUUUUGUUUGGCGGUCGGAAUAUGGAGUUCAAGUUUUGGCAUGUGCCAAGAGAGCUGAACGAAACUGCUGAUGCGCUUGCGAAUCGUGCUUUUACCUGA